GAUUUAUGAAAAAAGUUUUCCUUUCCUAAAAAUAGUAACUAUUCGUGAUUCAGUUUUCUAACGCAUUGUUAUUUAAAUUAUGCUGUAAUAUUACAAGUGUCGCAAGACUCACAACUAUUGUUUGAAAUUGUAUUAUGUAAUAUCAUGUCAUAUUGUUAAGAUGUCGAUUAUUAGACGUUGAGAUAAUGUGUCAACUAAUUACGGAUGUAUUAUGUGUAUUAUUCUAGCAUCCUACCUGAAGCGCAAGUUAUUCUCUGCAUUGCCUGCUACUAUUUUUUCUGUCAGAAGCUACAAACUUAUUCUUUGCUUUUGUCAAGAAUAUUCUAUAUGAGAAACAUAAAUGAAUCAAUGCACGCACAAGCGAGGUAUAGAUUAUUAUGAGGGUAAACUGUUCUUUAUAAUUGGUAUUUGGUACUACGAUUAAUUGUUGUUAAUUAAGAGCUCAUCGAUGUAUAAAUAAAUUCAUUUCACUUUGUUCUACCUGUACAUCUAUUUCAUAUCUCUAUCACCAAAAUAUUAUCCAACAGUUAAACAUGGGAGCAGAACAAUCUACUGCAAUCGAGGAAAGGAUAACCGAGCUUGAGAGACAGAUUUCUUGUAUUAAGAUCGAGACAUCUUUCACAAACGUUAGUUUGGAUGCCUCGAAGAGGGAAGCAGAGGAACUCAGAGAACAGCUUUCGACAUGUGAAAAAGUUCAGAAAGACAUGGAAAUGAAAUUGCAUAAGGUAUGUGAUCAACUCUCUUUUACUGAGUCUGAAUUAAAGUCUAACAAGGCUGAGUUAGAAGUGUCUAAGAAAGAAUUCAACGAGCUCCAAGAUCAACUUUCUGUGUACAACAAUCAAAGCCAAAACAUAGAAGUGGAAUUGCGAAAAGUACAGGAUCAGCUUUCUUCAACGACUUCUGAGUUGCAGUCUGCAACAAAUCAAUUAGAGAUUUCCAAGAAGAAGGUAGCAGAGCUCGAGGAAGAAAUUAGCAGUUGUAAGAAGGAAAAUGAAGCUGUGGAAACAAAGUAUCAACAUGUUCAGGUUCAGAUUACAGAAUUUGAGUCAGAGUUACAGUCUACCAAGAAUGAACUGAAAUCCUCGAAUGAAAAGGUAGAACAACUCGAAAUUCAGAUUUACUCCUGUAAGAAGGAAAAUGAGGACAUGGUAAAUGAUAUACGUAGGAUACAAGAUGAAAUUUAUUGUAUGAAAACCGAGUUAGAAUCUACUAGAAGUGAACUAGAAUCCUCAACUCGAAAGGUAAUAGAGCUUGAGGAUCAAGUUUUUACCAAUGAAAACGAAAGUAGAGAUGCAGAAGAAGAGUUACGAAAGGUCCAAGAGCAACUCUCUGCAACCAACAAUGAGCUGCAAGCAACCAAGAUGAUGUUGAAAUCGUCUGAAAACGAUGUGCAGGAGCUGAAGCAUCAGUAUAACUCUUGCAAGACAAAACUCGAACAUAUGGAAGAAGAACUGAAGGAAGUGUAUGAUUAUCUUUGUUUGAAGGGAGACGAAUUUGACACUUCGAGUUGGGUUCUUCCUAAGACUGAUGAUAAUGAUCACAUUGUUAUAAACAACAAACCGAUGUCUAUAACAAUUGAUCAUGAAGAAGUUCGACUUGAUGAUUAAUUAUCACUUGAUAUGGGUGUUCAUAAUUUGUUUAAUUGCUCAUUAAAAAACUUUGGUUGUGAACCCUUUUUAUUUUAAAUUUACACAAUGAUCUUUCUUUUUA